CCGCAGGCGGCACCAAACGUACGCUGACCGUGCAGUGCAAUGGACGCGUUUCCGAUCACGAGCGAAGAUCCGGAUGUGCGCCAACAGUUUGCGGAAAACAUCUUCCAAAUAUUGCGCCCACUGUCUGCGCUCGAGAUGCCACGUGGCAACCGGCCAACCGAUGGCGAUUCGUCCGAGUGUAGUGCCCUGUCCGAUCCGUUCUCCGAUCUGGAUGAAUCGUACAUACUGUUGGAUCAGCGCAAGAAGAAACCCGGCGUGGAUGAGACGGAUGAGCUGCUGCUAAUGAAUCAAUUUACACCCGAGUUCCGGUGCGCUUACGAUGAGCUGAUGGCGACGGGCGAGAACCGGCACCGGAAGCAGGCGAAGGAAACGGCACCCGAACCGGCGGGCACGUCGAGCGGUUCCGGUUGUGCCGCCUGUCCGGUGGAUCUGCAAGCGGCCACCGAUUUCAGCCCCAAGUUCCGGUCGUUUAUCGACGAGAUGCUGCGCAAGUGUGACCUGCAGCACCAUCAGGAGGAGAAGAAACGGCGCGAACAGCAGCAGGCGCUGCAGCAGCGUAAGAAGGGGCGCGUGCGGGCGAUCGUGUCGGAGGAAUCGUUCUGCGGGCUGGAGACGGACUCGAUGUCGGGGAUGUGGCGUAUGCUGGACGCAAUGUCGGAGAAUGAGCGCGAGCUCUUCCCGACGUCCGGCCCCCACUACGAUCUGUACUACGAUCGGCGGUUCGAUUGGAUGACGCGGGACGAGAUACCGUGGGAGCAGAUUGAAACGUCCAAGAAGAAGUGCGAACAGUGGCUAAAGAUACCGGGUCAGAUGGAGCAGACCGAUGGUGCGAAAGCGAAACAGAACCAAUAGUAUAGGAAGUACAGCUGAGGUUUUCGAAACGUUUUGUACUUGGUAGUGUGUUUUUUUAAAAAUAAAUUGCGUGUUUUUCAAAAAUCUAGCCCUUGAUGUUUACAGGUUUUAAAAGGUUUUAUGUAUGCAGUAAUGUUACACGCAUAGGGUGUAGUUCGAGCCAAAACGGAAGCAAAGCAGACGUCUACUUCCUGUCGUAAGAACCACACCACAAGAUCGUCGUAGCACUCUCCCAUGGUUCUGCACAGCAAAACGUCGCAGAAUACAUUUUAUGCUGAGAUUGCAUAAAAUGUGUCAUACCCCAUGGGUCAGCGAUCACCAGCAUCUACCCGAAGAUAUCAUCAGUGUUAACAACCGAAGGAGCAUCAGUGCGGUAGGCUUAGGCCCAAGUCAGUUAGGACUAGGGAGUUCAUUAAAAGAAAUUAUUAAAUAAGAACUCAUUAUUUUUUCAAUUCAUUAAAAUGAAGUGAAAUAUGACACCAAAACGUAAAAUAGUGUUUCACUAAAGUUUAGUUUAAAUCCAGAAUAUAACAAUUGAUGGAAAUUCAACUAGAGAUAUAAAUGAAAACACAAGCUUAUAGUAAUAUAAAUAGUAGAAUAGUAAAAUAUGAUCAUUGCUAGGAAGAUAAACUUAAAGGAAACAAAUACACGAACAGAACAGAAUGCGAACAGAAUUGGUAACUAAGAGGUAAAA